AUUGGAAUAGAGUUUUACUUUGAAUCGGAUUAUGGCACUUGCUGGCGAAGUUUGAAAUUUAACUCCUGUCUAGAAGAUACUGUAAACCCUCAGAACAAAGGAGGGGACUCAGAUUUUCAAAAGAAACAACCAGACGAUGAUUCCACUCCAAGUACAAGUAACAGCCAAUCAGAUUUGUUUUCCGAAGAGACCACCAGUGACAACAACAAUACCUCGAUAACCACGCCAACUCUUAGUCCUAGCCAGCAGCCGCUUCCGACAGAGCUGAAUGUAACUUCACCAAGUAAAGAGGAGUGUGGGCCAUGCACAGACACAGCUCAUGUCUCGUUAAUCACACCAACCAAAAGAUCCUGUGGUGCAGAUUCACAGUCUGAGAAUGAGGCUUCGCCAGUGAAACGGCCACGACUACUGGAGAACACAGAACGAUCCGAGGAGACCAGCCGGUCUAAACAGAAAAGUCGACGUCGGUGCUUCCAGUGCCAAACCAAACUGGAGCUGGUGCAGCAGGAACUGGGAUCUUGCCGCUGCGGUUACGUGUUCUGUAUGUUGCAUCGCCUCCCUGAGCAGCAUGACUGCACGUUUGACCACAUGGGCCGUGGCAGAGAGGAAGCCAUCCUGAAAAUGGUGAAACUGGACCGGAAAGUGGGGCGCUCUUGCCAGCGCAUCGGGGAGGGGUGCUCCUGA